AUGCGAUAUCCUAUAGGACAUAACGAAAACCAUCCAUACAGCCAAAAUGCAGAGAUUGUAGAGCUGGAAGACUUUGCUGAUCGCAGACAGGACACAGUAAACUACAUACAGUCCCAGCGCCUUAGGAGCAAAAUACAGCAGGAGAUGCAGUAUCCCAUCCUCUCCCAUCUCCAAGACGGAUACUUUAAGACAGAAUUUUCUGUUAAGUCAGUCCUUCUCCUGUCAGCGCUUUUGGCGCUUUAUCUUCUAGUGUUUGCUCUAAAGAAAAUAAGCGCUUUGUUCGAUCAGCUAGACAUCUCCUAUUUUGUCUAUGCUCUCACAGGAGUGGUGAGUGGAAUGUACGUAGGCUCUUCGCUGCUCUUCAAAAAAAGAGUGAUUGUUUUUGAUCCUAGCAAUGAAUUUAGAGAGUAUGCGGGAAUGGCUGCACUUACUUCCAUUUUUAUAAUGAACUUAUCUGCUCCCAGAGGAAGUCUAUUGUUUUGCUUGUUCGACACUGCAUGCAUGCUGAGCAUUGCAUCAAUUUGGGCGUUUAAAAAUACUUUCCAGAAGUGUCCAGCAAAGGGAUAUUUUGUCAGGAAAGUAAUUUCAAUAAUCACGGGGUCUGUUCUAUUCUCGGGUGUGCUCAUUAGCUACAUAGGCACAUACCAUCUAGACACCAGCUGCACAGGGCUGCUCCUUAGCUCCUUGAUUCUCUCCUGCUAUGCCCUCUCUUCUUUCGUAGUGCAGUACACCAAAAUGACCUCCAUCGAAGAAAUCAUUACAUCUGACAUGGUAAAAAUACUUCUCCAGUCUAUUUUCUGGGUCUUUUUGGUCUUUUUGGAAUUUUGCUAUGCAUCUUCUGAGAAUAUUUCUGUCCGAAAAAUAAUAAUCAGUCCUACUCUUGGGCUUAUAACCGGGCUGUCUAUUGCAAAGCUCAUUAUAAAAAGCUGCGAAGCAGACGUUCUUUACUAUGCAACCGUUAAUAGGUACAAAAAGACAUCUCUUGUGCAAUAUGUGUACGAUUUAAUAUUCAAAAUAACCGUUGCUCUUCUGAUAAUCAGCGCAGUCCUUGUGUUCAUAUUUGACACUCGGUACCGCUUAAACAGCACAAUCUUUACUACUCUAAAAAAGACUUUCAGAGGCCUGAGAGUCCUAAAACAGUAA